AUGCGUUCAACGUUUCUACUUCUCGCAGGCGCAAUUACAUGUAUGCGAUCAGCAUGUGAAGCUGCUUAUGUACCCGGCGCAGCUUUUGAUCGAUUCUUUACUAUCUGGCUCGAAAAUCAAGAUGACUCAAAAGUCGAAGCCAAUGCGGAUAUCCUCAAUCUCACCAAACAAGGCAUUCUCCUUGAAAAUUACUACGGACUGACCCAUCCCUCUCAGCCAAACUAUAUCGCAUCAGUCGGCGGCGACUUUUUCGGUCUCAAUCAUGAUGAAUUUGUACGCAUACCGCACAAUGUGACGACAGUGGUGGAUCUAUUUGAAGAUGCGGGAAUUACUUGGAAGGGUCCUUUUGUCAGUUACGAUAGUAUAAACACAAACGGUACACGACUUCAAAAUCUCCUCUCCUUGGACGACUUUUCCACGACCGUUAAAAGCGAUCCAUCCUCUUUACCACAAUAUGCACACAUAUCCCCCGACAUGUUGAAUGAUGGACAUAAUACCUCUCUAGCAUAUGCAGCCAAUUGGACGCGAUCAUUUCUCACUCCUCUUCUUCAGAAUGAAGCAUUUAUGAAUAAUACUCUCAUUCUCCUCACUUAUGACGAAUCAGAAACCUAUUCCAAACCAAAUCGAAUAUAUUCCGUACUUUUAGGUGGUGCUGUUCCAGCAGAUAAAAAAGGAACUGUUGAUACAACCAUUUAUUCACAUUACAGUAUCCUUUCCACCUUAGAAAACAAUUGGGGUCUCCCUAAUUUGGGUCGUUACGAUGUUGGCGCCAACGUCUUUGAUCUUUGCGCUUCGAAAACAAAUUAUACAAAUAUAAACCUCAACAUGACAAUUCUUAAUAACUCUCUAUCAUACCCUGGAUUCUUAAACAACGAUCCCGCAAAAUGGGCACCAGUCCCCGUCCCGAAUCUUCAAUUAAUAGGCGCAGGCGGAAAAGGUGUAGAUGAUUACACACAUGCUGAAUGGGUUAGUGCUAAAUCAGAAAAAACCCCCUAUGAUGGAAGCGGAGAAUUCUUUGAUGGUGGAAACGGAGUAACUGAUGAGCGAAAACCGGUAUAUGCAACGCAAGGAGCGAAUGUGGUAGCUACCGCCACAGUAGCACAGCCAUAUAGCGCGACUGCAACGCCUACUAGUGCCAGCACAACCAUGACUAGUGCGAGUGCAUCGGCGAGCGCGACAAAGGGGAGUGGAGCGGAGAGGAGUAGAAGUAUGGGAAUGGGAUGUGGGAAGGAGGUUUUGGGAUUGUGGGUUGCGUUGGUUUUUGCGAUUGUGGUUUUAUAG